CUGUUGAAUCCACUGAACAGUUAGUGUCCGUAGUUUUGUCCCCACCAUGUGGCUGUCUAAAGCACACUUGUUGCUGUUGUCUCUACUACUAAGCGUGACAGCAGUGAACUGUUUUAUACCGUUGGUUGGAUUUAGCCUAAACCCUACGGAUGAAGACGGUGAUGACAACUGGUCUCAUGGCGCUAUAACCCGCCGGGCUGUGCUAGACGCCGCGGCGGACUUCCUCCGUGACCUGCCCGACUGUAACCUCGGGUCGCUCGCCACCGUCAGACCCAGCGAAAUCUUUCAAGAGAUUUCAAGAAUCUUCAUGUCGUGUUUUGGAAGGGUGGUUUCUGCAGCGAGGUUUUACCAGGCCGCUAUACAGAUUGAGACAGCCAAUGGUGGCGUGGAUCUGAGUGACGUCACAGGACACCUCCCGUCUGCCCACUUUGACGCAGAGAAGUUCGUGGACGCCAAUGCGAGGCUACUGGACCUGCGCACUGGCGUCCUGACCGCCAUUGAGGAGGGCGAAUACGAGGCUGCGCGGGAACUCACGGGACAGCUUUUCCACACAUUACAGGAUUUCUACUCGCAUUCCAACUGGGUGGAAAUGGGAAAUACCGGUCCGAACCUGAACCUUGCCGUCCCUGGGGCAGACAUCGGGCCAGUAGCAGGACCACAGAUGGAAACCUGUGUCGACUGUUCCAAGUCUUUUCUCUGGUACACGUGCGAGGGAAACAUCAUAGACUCCGUGAACGAACAGGGUCUACUGACCAGCGGUUACUAUGGAGGUCAGACGGACAUGGACGGAAAUGAUAAAUGCAGCCAUGGCGGCCGUUUGGACGGGACACAGGACACUGCCCCUAAAGGGGGGAUCAACAAGGACUCUGAGUUCUCUAUCCUAUCUCCCCACUCCCGGUACCACUACCAAGCAGCUCAGCUCGCUGUACAGGCCAGCAGGAACUUCCUUAACAUGAUCAGGCAGGCCAAGGGUGAUGCUCAGUUUGCCAACUUCCUGAACCUGAACACCGGCAGCACGCUGUGUUUUGUGAUUGACACCACGGGUAGUAUGGCGGACGACAUCGCCGCUUCCAAACAGCGCGCCUAUGAGAUCAUAGACAGCAGGGUCGGCUCACCCACCGAACCGUCAAACUACGUCCUCGUACCAUUCAACGAUCCAGAUUUUGGCCCCGCCCUAGUGACGAACGAGGCGGACAUGUUCAAGCAGGAGAUAGACCAACUCCGUGCGCUGGGAGGCGGAGACAACCCGGAGUUCUCCCUAAGCGCUAUCCGGCUCGCUCUGGUGGAGAGUCUGCCUGCUUCUACGGUCUUCGUCUUCACUGAUGCACCGGCCAAGGACGCCGAGCUUCGUGACACGGUGGUGUCACUGGCCAAUCAGAAGAACAUCAAGAUUACAUUCCUUAUUUCGGGCUCGAUCACGCGCAGGCGCAGAAGUGUUCCCCGGAGUAAGAGAGAAGUGGGAAACAGGGACACGUACAUCUACAUCGCCCAGGCUACAGGUGGUCAAGUCCUGGAGAUCGCUAAGGACGAGGUUUUCCAGACGACCCGAUUGGUGGAUCUAGUUGUGACGUCUGCAGAGGUGAAUCUCCUGACGAUGCAGAGUGUCCAGCCCUCUGUCCGUGCCCACACCGUCCCCGUGGACUCCUCCAUGAGUGACCUGGUGGUGCAGGUGACAGCUGUCGGGGCGACACUACAGGUCUUCAACCCUGCAGGAGAGCAGCUGGAGAUAGGAGGACCUGACGCCCCGGUCACUAUUGAAAUCCAGCUGAACAAGGUCCUUGUGGUGCGCAUUCGUGACGUCACCGCAGGAGAAUGGCGGAUUUCUGUGACGUCAUCGGUGACCUAUGACCUCCGUGUGUCCGCCCAGAGUACGGUGGACUUUGCGUACUCCUUUGUGAAGAUGGUAACGGACACCGACCACUUCGGAGUCAAGGAGAUUGAGGGACGUCCUGUAGCAGGUGAGGAGGCCACCAUUCGGGUGAACCUGAUUGGCUCGGACCCUGCUCAGGUAUCAGACGUCACAGCCCUGUCCCUGGUGGCGCUAGACGGCAGAGUUCUGCAGACCCUCCCACUGCAGGAGAACGAGCCGCUCACGGAGUACUUCGCUACGUCAUCGUCACUUCCGGACGUGCCCUUCCGGUGUAGAUUGGAGGGAAAGGACUCUGGAUCUAGUACAUUCCAACGGUUGAUCACCAGCGUAGUGGAGACAUCGACCAGUCGGCUGCAGGGCUCGGUGGACCCGGUAAUCAGCCGCCUGCUGCCCGGUGGCACCGUGGACGUUCCCUUCAGCCUGUCCAACUCCGGUCAGCAGGGAUCCUUCACGAUCGUCGCCAGUGAUGACAAGGGAUUCGUUAGAAGAGUUACUCCUUCAAGCGUGACGUUAGCCCGGGAUGCGACCACCACCGUGACAGUGAGACUCAGGGCGCCGGCAGACGUCGCUUUCGGCACGACAACAACGGUGACGUUAACGGCGCAAACGUCAUCGGGGAGGUCCUAUAACUUCUUGGUCUUCCGUAUCACCGUCAGCCCUCCGGACCAAGAUAACGUCCCCCCGACGUGUGAAGUGAGAGCUCUUUUCGGAAACUGUAAGGGCACGGACCGAGCCUCAUGUAGCGAUAGGACCUUCUCCGUCACCACUGCGUACAUGGACGAGGGCUAUGGUCUCCAGUCCAUCAAUCCUCGCACCUUCGCCACUAACUACACCUGGACAGUUGAACAGUUCGCUCCGGGUCUAUCGGACACCACAAUCAUCGCUAACUACACAGCAACCUGCUGCAACCCCAAAGUUGAGUUCGCAGUUAGUGACCGAGUUGGCAACUACGAAAUCUGCACGGUGGACCUAACUCCGCCGCAAGGGCUUUCGGGAGGGGCAAUAGCGGGCAUCGUUAUAGGCGUCCUACUCGCUGUGAUCAUCAUCGUCUUCAUCAUCGUUUACUGUUGCUGCAUACGAAGAAGACAAAAGGACGAUCAAACGGACUCUCAAGUCACCAAACGCUCGGACAAGACAGACAAGGGAAAGAAGAAGAAGACCGACUCUCAGGUGGCAGUAAGAGAUGGUGACCAAAAUGGCCGCCGGUUUUGGUACAGGUUCGCUCGGAAACAGGAAGUGACGACGAGCGGAAGCGGAAAUGUCGUCAUGAAGAAGACGGAGACUCACGAGACCAGGGUCGAGGUCACCAAGACGGUGGUGUCUGAAACUCGUCAGGUCAAGGUCAAGGUCAAGGGGCACAAGAAAGUCUAACCUCUGUAGGUCAUAGUAUAAGGCUGGCUAUACUUGCAAAAUCAAUGCAGAAAGCCGCUGUCAAAAGUCACCUACCCGUGUUUUAGACCAUUACAAACUCACAUUAGCAUAGCUGUCCGGCCUCUUAAAUGUAAAUGUACAUGUAGCACUAAAUUAGGAAAAAAAGCAUACGGCAAAAAACAUGAAAUACAUUGUGACUUUUUGACCCGUCUUCACUGUCUGUGAUCAAACCACAGACUCUACUGCAACUACAAACAUUGCUAAAAAUCUGUUGUUGUUUUUUCAACAAAAAUAUAAAGGUAAAAACCCUUACAUGUAGUAUGCGCUUCCAAAAUCCAAACAUACCGAUGAUAAAACAUAUUUCACUGGCACUGGCCAAAGAAAUACGGGGAUUUGCCUUGUAAGCUUAUACAUUUGGCUGUUUAGAAAUAUAAAAUCACCGAGGAAGACAAGCUUGGUUUCUCUUUGUGUAAGCUUGUUUAAUGUUCUAUUGAUUGUACUUCAGUGUGUUGGUGGAAAAAUGGCUAACUGCAUAAUGGUUCUGCAAAAUAGGUAUAGAACGGCCUAAAGCUACAAGCGUAAUGAUUUUGAUAAAUAUUACACCGCCAGUAAACAAUUAUAAACAAAACAGUAAACAAUGGAAACCACAAUGCCUUCAUAUAGUAAUUUCUAUUCUAUACACUAAUGAAAAAUCAGUCAAUAAGAAAAUAAAAUCAGGUUUCCCUUGAGGCUAUCUCAUGUACAAGAUCUUAAAGGCAGUUAUUCUAAUCCAUACGCUAUAGCUAGGACCAUAUAUUUACAUCGUUUGCUGAUUCUUAGUUUCAAUAACUUGUAUUUCUUUGAUAUCAUAAUCUUUUACUGUCAUAUGAAGCAUCAGAAGAAGAAACAUCACAGGCUUUGUUACGUUUGACAAAAAUGUCACAGUCACAAACACUUGUUUGUUGUUUUCACUGGUUAUAACUAGGAAGCAUUUCACAAUAAAAAAAGCUUGAAAGGCAUACUUCUAAACACCA